CAGGAUUUCCCUUGGCAUUGCCACGACCCAUGGAAAAGUCUAGUAUUAAACUCAUAAAACCUGCUGCCAGGCUUCGUUAAGUUUCCUAUUAACAGAUAUUGCAGAGGUUUUCAAGAGCUAUCUUUCUAUACUAAAGACUAGUUGCAUUCUCCCUUAUCUAUGGGAGUAAAUUGGCUAAAACAUCAACUGUGUUCACUUUUAGGUCACCUUGGGCUCGUAUUUGACCUCUAAAGGAUUGAGCGAAUGAUACGUAGGGUUUGUUUAGUCAGAAUAUUAUACAGUUUUCCAAGGACUAUUCUUCUGUAUCAAGCUUUACCGUAACUUUAUAUUAGAUUUCGAGCAAAAUCAUUUUUGUUAAACACCGACACUGUAUUAAAGUGGAAUCAAAUGCAACUUGCGUUUGAUUAUUAACUUAACUUAAAAUUACUGGAUGCUCAAUUAAUUUAAUUUUUCUCAACAAUUAAAAUAUUUGCUAAGUUUGAUAAGUGAUAUAUAAGUAAAAUAUUUAAUCAUUAAGUUAAUAAAUUGAAAAAUGUGUUUUUAAGGUGAAAAAUUUAAUUAGGAAUAAAAAGAUUAAUCCCAUCCACAAUUGUUUUAUUUUAAAUUAAAAUAAAAUACUUAGAAAAAAAUAACUUUUUACUUAGCAUUUAAUAAAUUAAAUGGGAGCCUUCAUAAAUCACUCAAAAUCGGUUCAAACAAGCUGGAAACUUUAACAUAUACUCAAUUUGAGUUGCCCUUGAUGAUUAGCCUUGAUAUAAAGUCAAAGGACUUGUAAAUUUGUUUUAGAUAAAUAUGUCAAAUAAGAAUGAAAAACGUAAAAUGCGAGACGAUAACAAAGGAAUAAAAAAAUGGUUUAAAUCAACAAAAGAAGAAACACAGAUAAAGUCUAAUGAAGCACCGCCGUCACUACCAGAGAUACAUCACAUUACCCAAACUCUUGAAUCUAUUGAAGAGCAGCCGGCUUUUCAUGAGGACCAGAAUGUGAUAACAAAAGUUGCAGUUGAAUUGAAAGAACUUUAUUCGUUACUCUCAGAGUGCGAACGAAAAAUUAAACAGUCAAUAUCUCCAGAAUUAUGCCAGGAGACUUUUGUGGUAGAAAGUUUAACAUUAUCAAAUGAAAUAAAACGAAUAUCAACUACUCUUGCUGAAUUAUGUUCAAAUCAACUUGCCUCGGUAACUGACACUCGUCGAAAUAUUGCUGAUAAACGCAAUAAAAAUGAAACAAUUAGUAGAGAUCCAGCUGAUAAUAAAAAAUAUGAUGAUGAUGAAUUGCGUUAUUUAGUAUUUAAAGGUCCUGCACAACCAAAAUUAGCUUCUUUUCCACAAAAUCUUGUGUUGAAAGCUAAGCAUUAUCAAUGUUCAUUUACUACUACGUGGUAUCAUGAUUAUCCUUUAUUAGAGUACAGUAUCAAAAACAAUUCAGCAUAUUGUUUCUCUUGUCGUUUGUUUGGUGAUGGACCGGGAGGAGAAAAAGCGAAGGAUGCGUGGUCCGUUAAUGGAGUUGAUUCAUGGUCGAAAAUGAAAAGUAUAGGAAAAACGAAAGCUGGUAAACUUGCUGCUCAUUUCAAAUCAACAGCACAUCUAUCGUCACAACAAAGAUUAUUGAAUUUUAAAAAUAAAAAAACAAACAUUGAUCUUAUGUUAGAUGGUAAUUGUCGCCAAGCUGAUCAAAAACGUGAACAAUUAUUGAAACUAAACGAAAAAGUUAUCAUUUCUUUAUUAGAUGCAGCAAGAUUUUUAGCAAGACAGUCAUUAGGUUUUCGAGGUCACAAUAAUAAUCCAGGAAAUUUUCUGGAAACAGUCAAUUUAAUACGUCGACAUAAUCCAACAUUAAAUCAAUGGUUCAAUGAUUGUAGUUUAAGAAAAUAUCAUGUUAGUUAUUUGACAUUUCAUGCACAAAAUGAAUUUAUACAGCUAUUGGGUGAUGCUAUUCAUAAAUUAAUAUUGACAGAUAUAUAUGAAGCUAAAUUCAUUUCGAUAACUACCGAUUCAACUUCUGAUCGUUCACAUAAAGAAAUUUAUACAAUUGCUAUUCGUUUCGAAAAAGAUUUUGAAGUGAACGAACGUAUUAUAGCUGUAUCAGAAUUAACAUCAAAAGUUGGACAAGAUAUUUGUGACUAUGUAAUUAAUCAAUUAAAACAAUGUGGGAUAUCAUCAGAAAAAAUAAUUGCACAAUCAUACGAUAACGCAUCAAAUAUGUCGGGCAAAACUUUAGGUGUUCAAGCAUGUAUAAAUAAAAAGUUAAAUCGAUCAGUGAUGUAUAUACCAUGUUCAACACAUUUCUCAAAUUUAGUUGUUAAACAUGGUAGCAUAAUUAGUGUUGAAUAUGUUAAUUGUUUUGGAAUACUAAAAGAAUUAUGCAAUUUUUUUUCUGGAAGUAUGAAACGUCAUGCAUUAUUGUAUAAAAAUUUAUAUGCAACAGAAUACGGUAUGCUUCAUAGUAGAGUUUUAAUCAAAGCUAUUUCAUUUAUUGAUGACCUUUAG